AAGAAGAAAAAUUGUAAAAAGGAAAGCAUCCUUUGACCCUUUGUAAGUAGCCUAAGGGUCACUAUCUACCAUGCAUACAUACAACAAACAUACAACAAAAAGAAAGCUUUCAUGCCUCUGUAGUUAUUCACAAGCCCCAGUUGAACUCUUCUUCCUCUUCCCACCAUCUCAACAACAAACCAUCCGAAAACUAUUCAACCAUUUUCUCAUUCUCCACACUCCAUCCAUUUCUAUCUAAAACUAUUUGGAUCCAAACAAGAACUCGAACAACCGAGGAACCACAGAAAAGAGAGGAAAAAUGAGAGAAUGAGAAGUCGAGCAAAAUUCGGCAUGGGUCAAUCUACAAGCAGGCGGCACCGAAGAAGGUACCAAUGUGAUCAUCCACUUCCCUCUCCCCCUUUCAUUUCGGAAAAUGCGGGAAGUACCCCUUACUAUUACUGCUGCCCAAAUAAUGUUGUACAGAGAUGCUCUGACUAUCACUUCCGGCUCCGCUCCCACCUCUGUGCAGACAAAGCCCUUGCCGUCACGACGAAGGGCCGAGACUGUCAAGAGCCUCAUCAACGUGGACAAGGACUCGAUCUGGAUCGAGCCUGACGAGUGGGAACCCGACUGCCAUUUGGUCUCCUUCUCCUUUGAUUCAUUGGCCGCCGGCAGUUUCACUAUAUUUUACUUUGCAAAGGAAGAACAAUAUUGUGGCUUCUCCCAAGUGUAUCAUAACAUGGACAGGCCUGUGAAAGUACCUUUUCGACAAGGGUUCGGCCAGAGAUUCAUACAGCCUCCAGGAUCUGGAACGGAUUUGGGAUUCUUCGAAUACAAUGAACUCUCGAGGCCUUUGCAUGGCAAUGUCUUCCCUCUUGUUCUUUAUGCCGAAUCUUAUUGCGAACCAAUUUCUCCAUCAACAGCCUCUAAGUGCACGCAGGUCACCCAAGCUGUGAUCGAGAAGGUCGAUGAUGGACCCUUUGGAUUCCAAGUGAAGGUCAAACGGCAACUUUUGUGGGUCAACGGUGAAUGUUAUGACCAGGAGUUUUUCGGUGUUGGCUCUUCCCCAGAAGCAGAAAUUGGCACCAAUAUUUCGGAGAUAGAGUGUGUAAUCUGUAUGUUCAACGCAAGGGAUACUGCUCUUCUUCCAUGUAGACAUAUGUGCAUGUGCAGAGAAUGUGCUGAAGCCGUUAAGCUUCAGUCUAAGAAGUGUCCAGUAUGUCGCCAUCCUAUUGAGACGAUUAUCGAGAUACCAAUUAGCUACUAAAUGGAGGUAUAAGAGCCAGGACAAAUGUUUUUUGUCACAAAAUUAUAAUCCUCCGCGAUAUGUUGCUUGAUAUGUAUACUUCAAAUCAAUUCAGCUGUACACUUGUAGGUAUAGCUGCUGCACGGGGAAAGUGCUUAUGACUUGUGGAUAUGUGGAUUGCUUCUAAGAAUAGUCGUUUCAGUUUUUCAUGACUCUGUUGUAUCAUACACAGUUGAUUUCAAUGUGUACCAAUUUUCAUGCCAAAUUUAAAUGUUAAUGGUUGUUUUGCUCA